GUAUCACAUACCAUGUACUUGUCCAACAAUAUUUCAGUCAUAUUAUUAUAGUUGAUACAUCAUAAAGUAUUGUAACAAAUAUUUAUUACCUUUUUUUAUUUUUUAUUUUUUUUUGCAUGUCAUCACUCUAUAAUGCAUUCAUCUGGCCUGCUGACAAGAUUAGAUGUCUGCUAGUUGUAUUUGCUUACAUACUGUAUACUUAGCAGCUUACUUCAGGAAAUGGACAGUAUUUUGUGCAUGCAGAGAGUCACAUGAUGAAACCCUCAAAAAGCAAAUCUGUUUAUACAUUGACACCACAUAUAGACAGAAGUGAAAAAGGCCCAGGACGAAGACAAAAUGGACAGCAUCUACAUGAUCCUCUUUCUCUUUCUUCAUGAAGUCUGUGAAUAUAAUUGCAGUGUUGCUCAUGUGGAUCACGUUUUAACCGCUCAAGAGGGGGACCGUGUGGUGUUAUCUUGUCUUAUUAUAGAUGAUCAGUUACACCGAGCAUUAUGGUAUAAACAGGUUCUUGGAGAGAAACCUGUCCUAGUAGUGUCUUCAUAUCACCAUUCUCAACCGAAUGAAUUUUCUUCAGAUUUUGAGGAAACUCACCAUUUUCAUGCAGUGCGAACGGCUGAUAGUUUUAACUUAACCAUCUUGAGGACUUUGAAAUCUGAUUCAGGCACGUAUUUCUGUGCCGCUGCCUUCGCUAAUAUUGUUUCCUUUGGGACUGGAACUAUUCUGCUGGUUAAAGGUGCAGACCUCAAACCUGUUGUUAUACAACAGCCUGAGCUUGGUGUUAUCAAGCCAGGAAGCAAUGUGACUCUGCAGUGCUCAGUGCAAGUGAAAAUGUGUGAUAAAGGAGUACAAUUAGUUUACUGGUUCAGACAGAGUUCGGACACAAUCCAUCCAGGAAUGAUUUACACUCAUGGAGACAUGAAAAAUGAGUGUGGAAAGAACUUUGCAGCCUCCACCUCUAAUGCACAGAGCUGUCUGUAUAACCUCCCCAAGAUGAAUGUUGGUCUCUCUGAUGCUGGAAUGUACUACUGUGCUGUGGUAACUUGUGAUGAAGUUUUAUUUGGAAACGGCACGAUGUUGGUCAUAGAAGAUGAAUUUAAUAAUGAGAGUAUGCUGUAUAUUAUUUUAAUUGGCCUUGCAGUGCUGUGUUUAAUCAGCCUUAUCAUCAAUAUGUUGCUCUGUUUACCAAUGAGAAGAAAAGGUAGAAUGCCUCAACAAAUCCAGACUUCUAAUGACGACACAACCACAGUUCAGUACUGCAACACCGAUGACAUUAACUAUGCUGCCCUGAACCUUUCCACAAAAAGAGGUCAUAGAAAGAGGACCUUAGAGGAGACACCGUACUCUAGGCCGAUGUUGUGAGAUAAUAUCUGAAACCUGCUUCUGAUUGUCAAAACGUACCGUAAUAUUUAACACAAAGUCCAGGAGUGCAUUAAUAAUAUAUCACAUUUGUGUCUGUAAUGAUAAAACUGCCUGUGCACUUGGCGUGUCUCUGCUUAUUCUGCUAUGUGUUAAAUGUGUUUUUUCAAGAAACAUGCUGUGAGUGUUAACAUUAACACUUCUGAGAGACUUGUGUAAGGGAAACAAUGUGCAAAAUGAUAUAAAAGCAUAACCACAUCCUGUAAGGGUUUAACAAGAUGUGACAGUAGUGUGUACAUCCACUUGAAUAAACAUUCAGCUUUGGUUAAUUAGAUUUAGGUCAAGCUUCUAAUUCGGUUAUUCAUCCCCAACACUAUAUGGUUACUUUCUCAGAGCAUGUGUGUUGAAUAGUUCAUCCCACAAUGCAAUGCACUCGAUUUGACCUUCCAUUUCCAGUGAAUGUAGGACAGACAGGAAAUAACAACUGUGAUAUUUAACAUAUUCUUCUUUACUCAUUAUGUGAUCAGACUGCCAAGAAUUAAAUUCAACACGAGUCAGCACUUUGUAACCCAUUUUAUUUCUCUAAUGUGACAUACUUCAUGUUGAUAUUCAAUGAGGGGGGAAAAAUAGGGGUUAAUUUCCAUGCAAAUCAUGGAACUGGUUUCUUUAGUUGCAGUGGAAGGCUUGAAAAAUAAGUGGGAUUAGUGAUGCUGAAAAAAGGAAUGUGGUUUCAGAGUUGUAGGAAACUUUUUUUCUUUUCUUUGGAAUAACAUGCAUUGAUGAACCAUGCAUUUAGUAAAUUUGGAUUAAUGCUGACCAGCCAUUUUUAUUUCCAAUACAAGAACAUGAUGCAACUGCUGAAUUAAAAUCGCCUGAAAAAUUGCAAUAGUCUUUUCCCUAUUGUGAUAUACAGUGGGUACGGAAAAUAUUCAGA